GCAGUGCAUUAUGUCAGAGGAAAACUAAUCGGAUAUAACGCCGCUGAUGGACGGAAGUUUGCAUGUUCAAGAUGGCGCUGGACGGGAUCGAGCAAAUGGAUAUUGAGGAGAGUAAAGGAGGCACUGGUCUCCGACAGUAUUACCUGUCUAAAAUUGAGGAGCUUCAGUUGACAGUGAAUGAUAAAAGCCAAAAUCUCAGGCGUCUACAGGCUCAAAGGAACGAGCUAAAUGCCAAGGUGCGCCUCCUGCGUGAAGAGCUUCAGUUGCUGCAGGAGCAGGGGUCUUAUGUAGGAGAGGUGGUGAGAGCCAUGGACAAGAAGAAAGUGCUGGUCAAGGUGCAUCCUGAAGGAAAGUUUGUAGUGGAUGUGGAUAAGAACAUUGAUAUAAAUGAUGUAACUCCCAAUUGCCGUGUAGCACUUCGAAAUGACAGUUACACACUUCACAAAAUCCUGCCAAACAAAGUUGACCCACUCGUCUCACUGAUGAUGGUGGAAAAAGUGCCAGAUUCAACGUACGAGAUGAUUGGAGGGCUGGACAAACAGAUCAAAGAGAUCAAGGAAGUGAUUGAGCUUCCAGUCAAGCACCCAGAAUUGUUUGAGGCUCUAGGAAUUGCGCAGCCUAAGGGUGUGCUGCUGUAUGGACCUCCUGGAACUGGAAAGACCCUGUUAGCCAGAGCUGUGGCCCAUCACACUGACUGCACCUUCAUCAGGGUGUCUGGAUCAGAGCUGGUGCAGAAAUUCAUAGGAGAAGGAGCUCGUAUGGUGCGUGAGCUGUUCGUCAUGGCCAGGGAACAUGCGCCCUCUAUCAUCUUCAUGGAUGAGAUCGACUCCAUCGGCUCGUCUCGGCUGGAGGGUGGAUCAGGAGGAGACAGUGAGGUGCAGAGAACUAUGCUGGAGCUCCUCAACCAGCUGGAUGGGUUUGAGGCCACCAAGAACAUCAAGUCUGGUGCUGAGGUCAAGGGUGUCUGCACAGAGGCAGGGAUGUAUGCUCUGAGAGAGAGGCGAGUCCACGUUACCCAAGAAGAUUUUGAAAUGGCAGUAGCAAAGGUGAUGCAGAAAGACAGUGAGAAAAACAUGUCCAUAAAGAAGCUCUGGAAGUAAACAUUAGACUAUGUAAUGUGCAGUUUUUUUCUUCAAGUUGCUUCAUCACCCAAAUGUAUUCAAAAUAAAUUGUUUCUCACUUAG